GCUAUAGUCCACCAGAACAUUAGUUUUAGUAUCUACAACCCUUGAAUAGGCUUUUACACACCAGUCUCUGCGUCUGAGCUACCCCGCCCAGCUAUUACCGAGACAAUUGCCUUCUUGCUCACCAUGCCUCUCGUCGCACAGAAUCCCUUACCAAGAGUCAUCCUCGGCUUGAUGACAUUUGGUCCGGAUGAGUCUGCAGGAGCUCGUAUCACCUCACUUGACGAGUUUAACAAGUGUCUAGAUCUGUUCCAACAGCAGGGCUUCAAUGAAGUCGACACUGCUCGUGUCUAUGUUGGAGGGCAGCAAGAAGCCUUUACCGCCCAGGCGAAGUGGAAGGAGCGUGGAUUGACCCUGGCAACGAAGUGGUAUCCCAGAGUGCCCGGUGACCACAAGCCGCAAGUUAUCCGUGAGCAACUCGAGCUCUCAUUGAAGAACUUGGGCACAAACUGCGUUGACAUCUUCUAUUUGCACGCCGCCGACCGGUCAGUCCCCUUCACGGAAACAUUGGAGGCCGUCGAUCAGUUGCAUAAGGAAGGAAAAUUUGUCGAACUCGGUCUGAGCAAUUUCACUGCUUUUGAGGUCGCAGAGAUAGUGACCGUCUGCAAUGAGAGAGGCUGGGUACGACCAACCAUCUACCAAGCCAUGUACAAUGCUAUUACCCGGUCCAUUGAAACGGAAUUGGUCCAUGCUUGUAAACGGUAUAGCAUCGAUAUCGUGGUCUAUAACCCUCUUGCUGGUGGAAUCCUAUCUGGAAAGUACAAGACCCAGGAUAUCCCCGAGGAUGGCAGAUACAGCGACAAGUCGAACACUGGAACGCUGUACCGCAAGCGAUACUUCAAGGAUGCGACGUUCGAUGCUCUGCGGGUCAUUGAGCCAGUCGCAGAGAAGCACGGCUUGACAUUGCCAGAAAUCGCAUUCCGCUGGAUUCGUCAUCACUCCGCCCUCAACAUCAAGGAGAAUGGUCGGGAUGGUAUCAUUGUGGGAGUGAGCAGCAUUAUACAGCUAGAGAACAACCUCAGAGACAUUCAAAAGGGCCCACUGCCUGCGGAAGUGGUGGAGGCUUUAGACAAGGCAUGGUUGAUCGCGAAGCCCACGACGUCUGAGUACUGGCACCUCGAUCUGAAGUACACAUAUGAUACGAAAGAGGCAUUGUUCAAGUCCAAGGCAAAUGCCUGAGCGUGAUACGGAUGAUGGGUGAAGAAAUAAUAUAAUAGUUCAUGAAUCACG